UAUCAAAUAUCACGGUUUCCCAUCAUUAUCAUAUAACAAAAACCAUCAACUUUUUUUAUGAAACUUUCUUUCAAGUUUUGACUAACAUGGCUAAUAACAAUCCAGAUGAACGGAUCAGAGGCACAUGGAGUCCACAAGAAGAUGCGUUGCUUCAACAACUCGUUGAAAAACACGGGGCCAGACACUGGUCUUACAUCAGCCGAUCAAUAGCCGGUCGGUCCAGCAAGUCAUGCAGAUUACGGUGGUGCAACCAGCUCUCACCGCUAGUCCAACACCGUGCUUUCACGCCGGAAGAAGACGACAUCAUCAUCCGGGCCCAUGCCCAGGUCGGUAACAAAUGGGCCACCAUUGCCCGCCUUUUAACCCGUCGAACCGAUAACGCGGUUAAAAACCACUGGAACUCCACGUUGAAACGUAGGUGUUCGCGCAUGAUGCAGCAGCCGAACUUGAAACGGUCGGUUAGCGCGGGCCCAACCGUCCCGAUCUCAGUUACCGUUCCGGUUUUGGAUUCGAGUAAUUUUUUUAAUCCGGGUGGCAAGCAGGAUAACGACCCUGCUACGUCGUUGAGCCUCUCGCCACCUGGAUUAUCUGCAUCUGCAGCGCGUGUACCCGUUCCUGCGGUACCGCUGCAGAUGGUUCCAUUGAAGUUGAACCAAGAAAUGAAUAAUGUUAACCGCCGGAACUGGAAGCAGUUGGCUCGGGCGGUUAAACCGUUGGAGGGUGAGGGGUCGAAGCCAAACCCGAACCUGAAGCCGCCGGAGGGUGAGGGGUCGAAUCCGAAACCGAACCUGAACCUUAAGGCGCCGGCGGAUUUGAGUGCGGAGUUUAUGGCAGUAGUGCAGGAGACGAUCAGGGAGGAGGUGAGGAAGUACAUGGCGGCGGGCGGAAUGUGUGGCGGAUUUACGGGCGGCGGAGCGGUGGUGAACGUUGCUGAAAUCCGCAAGGGUGAGUAGUGAAGUGAACGGACGGAUUGUGGAAGAAGAUAUGAAGAAUGUUUGUUUGAUAAAGGAAGAAAUAAUAAAAUUUUAUCAG